UCUGCUGAGGCUCGUUUAGCACGACGUCGUGCUCGCUUGGAGGCUAAUGACUACUAUUCAUCUGAUGAAGAUACUUUCCUCGAUAGAACUGGAGCUGUAGAACAACGACGUAGUAAAAGAAUGCGUCACCUGGGCGUGCCUACGGAUGAACAGCUAGAUGGUGAAGUGUUACUGUCCCGGUUGGGCACAGACUAUCAUUCUUCAGAAACAAGCAGACGAAAAUAUACUCAUGGGAAAAGCCUUAAUAGGCUUAAGCUGGUAGUUUUUUAA